AAAAACAAAAACAAUUAUUUUCGACCUACUUAUUUUAUUGAUCUGCCUCUAUUUUACCGAUGAAAGUGUAUCAGUCGAAAAUUAAAAUUAUGCGCGGGAAAAUUCUGAUUUUUUCAUUUAAAUUUUCGCUUGUCAUUCAUUCCACAGACCCAUUUUUUCUCCCUCUCACCUAUUUCACACACUAAUUAUGGAGCAUUUUCAUGGAAAUCGCUGGGACCAGUUGCGUGCUGUAGAAGCUGAUAUUCUGUGUCCCCCGCCUGCAGAUCCAUUCCAAAUCUUCCCCAGUGGAUGGACCAGAGCCUCGGAGCUCAGCGAAAAGGGAUGGAGAGAAUUGCUUGACCGCAGAAGAUCGCAAAGCCCGCCACCACGUGAACCAUCACCAGACGUCAGAAGAGCGAUCAGACGGACACCGCCGCCACGUGUCAACCGUGUGGCUCCGAUUCGACUUCCAGAGCGGCGUCCAUUGCGGCAAUUGAACGCCAAUGACGCCAGAAGACCAGCACAAGACGCUGCAAAUCGCAUAAAUCAAGAGAAUAUGCGUGCAGGAAAUAUCGACAAUGGGCAGCCACGUCGUCGAGCACUCUCCCCGACACAAUUGCCAGGAGUUCGUGCGAUUCCAAAGGACUUCAAUCGCUUCUUCCGUGGUCUUCUGACACCUGGAGAGUUCUUUGCCAAAUCGCAAACCCGGUAUCUUGGGCCAUUCGACGAAAUGCCAACGGAGGAUACACUUCCAGCAGCCGACGAGUACAUCAUUCUGCAGCGAAUGGGACGACUUCCGGAUAGCGGUAAAUCAAUCUUCAGACAGGUCGGCAAUCUGUCUACAUGAUUCCCAGGACUGAAAUUGCUGCCCCUCAACGUUUUAUCCACAUUUUUCCAGUUGAGAUCGCAUUUUUAUCUUUAAAAAAUUUACUAAACCUUAUUGUUGCCAUGAGUCAUAAUUGUGAUAUACCUAUAAUUCCUUAAUAUAAUCAAUCUUCUUGAAUCCACCCCACUCAUUGAUUAGUUGUGUGCAAUAAUAACUUUCGUUUAAUGUUUGUAGUCUAUUGGUAUCGCUGUUUUAGCGUUUUUAUGUUGUUUUAUAAUGAACCAACACCGUUUCCCCAUUUAUACUUGCGUAGGACAAAAAUAAAUCAAUUGUCUAUCAAACUCGGUUCCUUUCUUGUUUUUUUUUUGAAGAAUUAAAAAGGUAUCACUCCUGUUUCGAGACUAUCUAGUGCGAUGUAAAUUUCGCUCUCAAAAAACCU